AUGCACUUUUCAUCUGCAUUCCUCUUGGCAUCUUACGCCCCCCAAGUCCUUGGUCAGGCUUGGACAAAGGAUUUUGGGCCUGGUAGCAACUACAGAGGCGAAAGGGCGCUUCGAGCCUCAGCGCCUGGCAACGUCUCGGACGAGGACUGGCCCUCUCUCAUGGCAGACUACGAUCUCAUCCGCCGAUGGCCUAUCACUGGCUACAACAUUUCUCAGCCCUACGAAGAUGCCGACUCAAUCGAUGGCUGGGCUGUCUCUCUCACUGUUCGCGCCAAGAUCCCCGCAAGAGACGUCGUCACAUAUGAUGACACCGACGCUGUCUUUGCUGGCUCCAUGAUCCGCCUCGAGCCUCCGUCUGCUCUCGUCGACGACGUGAUUGUGCGUCAAGGUUUCUACACGCCGCACUCGUCGUGGCGUGUUAGCCUUGGAUACUACUUCCUCAACCGAAACAGCCGUUUCAGCAGGUAUGACCUCGAAAGGUUGAUGAGUGGAAAUGGUUCGUGCGAAGCAACAUUCAACGACACGUGCCUCGACGCCUUGGAGAAUAGCCCGUCCUGGAACGGCAGAGAGUGGGAAAUCGGCAACCCUCAGGACCCUCCAGAAUGCAAGCUCACCGUCGAUAUGACCUCGACUCGGGCUGCAGAGAACUAUACCCAGUGGAGUGGUGAGAUCGGCGAGGACAAGGCCAAAAAUAUCACUUGGCUGAGAGGCACUGAGUUUGUUUCCUUUGUCUCCCCGCUUAAUACUCCCGAUCAGUAUGGGCUUGGCGUCAGAGAUGCUAGUUACAGUGCUGAUAUGGUGCUCGUCACUUGGGGAUACGCCAAAAAUAGGAGUUCCGAGUCCUAUUAUGAAACUGAGGAGGCCAGACAGCCUGUCUCAGAGUUGGUCUGCAUGAGGGGUCUAAACAACACAUCGGAGGAGAACCAGCGCAUUGAGGAUGAGCGUAACGAGAGAGAAGAGGGGGAAGAAGAAGAAGAAGAUGAUAGUGCCGCAGUCGGUGGAAGAGAGGCCAUGUUGCCAACGUUGGUCCUGUUUUUGCCCUUGGCAACCCUCUUUGCGCUCCUGUAG